UUAGGUGCUCUCAAGCGCACAAGCAGUUGGUCAUUUGAUGAAAAGCUACUUAUACAAUCUAUCUACCGGGUUUUGGUUUCGGUUUCAAAAACCAGUCCCAUUGUGUUGUACCUCAGGGAUGCUGACAUGUUCUUGUCAAGGUCACAAAGAAUAUACAACUUAUUUCAGAAGAUGUUGAAUAAACUAUCCGGAUCAGUUCUGAUCCUGGGCUCGGAAAUUGUUGAUCCCAAAGACGAGUACGGAGAGGUGGAUGAGAAGCUUGCUGCUCUUUUCACCUACACAAUCGAGAUCAGGCCGCCCGAAGAUGAAUCACACCAUGUCAGCUGGAAAUCCCAACUGGAGGAAGACAUGAGAAUGAUCCAAGUCAAGGAUAACAGAAACCAUAUCAUGGAAGUACUAUCAGCGAAUGAUCUAGAUUGUGAUGAUCUGGACUCAAUCUGCAUUGCAGAUACAAUGGUUCUCAGUAACUACAUAGAAGAGAUUGUGGUGUCAGCAAUUUCUUAUCACCUUAUGAAUAACAAGAAUCCCGAAUACAGAAACGGAAAGCUCAUUAUUCCUUCGAAGAGUUUGUCCCAUGGAUUGAGUAUAUUCCAAGAACACGGUAAAGAUUCAUUAAAACUAGAUGCUCAGGUCAAAACAUCCAAGGAAGCAGAAAGCAAAGAGACUGUUGGCACGAAACCAGAAACGAAAGUUGAAAGCGGUACUCCUGAAAACAAAUCUGCAGAAGAGACACCAGCUUCAGUUACAAAAACCGACACUGAUAAUUCAGUUCCAGCAGCAAAAGCUCCGGAAGUACCACCUGACAAUGAAUUUGAGAAGCGUAUUAGGCCAGAGGUGAUACCUGCGAGUGAGAUUGGAGUGACAUUUGCUGAUAUUGGUGCCUUGGAUGAGAUCAAAGAAUCCCUUCAGGAAUUAGUAAUGCUUCCUCUUCGACGCCCCGACCUCUUCAACGGAGGCCUUCUAAAGCCUUGCAGAGGAAUACUUCUAUUUGGGCCUCCUGGAACUGGGAAGACAAUGAUGGCAAAGGCCAUUGCUAAGGAGGCAGGAGCAAGUUUCAUUAAUGUAUCCAUGUCCACCAUCACUUCAAAAUGGUUCGGAGAGGAUGAGAAAAAUGUCCGAGCGCUCUUCACUCUCGCAGCAAAAGUUUCCCCUACAAUUAUCUUUGUAGAUGAGGUUGAUAGCAUGCUCGGGCAGCGCUCAAGAUCCGGGGAACAUGAGGCCAUGCGGAAGAUUAAGAAUGAGUUCAUGACUCAUUGGGAUGGGCUCUUGACAAAACAAGGCGACAGGAUUCUUGUUCUUGCUGCAACAAACAGGCCAUUUGACCUUGAUGAGGCAAUUAUAAGGCGCUUUGAGAGAAGAAUCUUGGUUGGGCUUCCAUCAGUGGAGAACAGGGAAAUGAUAUUGAAAACUAUACUUGCGAAAGAAAAGGUUGAAGAAGGACUAGAUUACAAGGAGCUUGCAACUAUGACAGAAGGAUAUAGUGGGAGUGAUCUUAAGAACUUGUGCACGACGGCGGCUUAUAGGCCUGUUAGGGAGUUAAUACAGCAAGAAAGAUUAAAGGAUUUGGAGAAAAAGCGGAAAGCCGCAGAGGCCCCUAAUACAAAGGAAGCAGAAAAUACCGCAGAAACAGAAAGUGGUAAAGAGGAAAGAGUAAUUAAACUCAGGCCCUUAAACAUGGAAGACUUCAGACAGGCAAAGAAUCAGGUCGCUGCGAGCUUUGCAGCGGAGGGAUCUGUAAUGAAGGAGUUGAAGCAGUGGAAUGAUUCAUAUGGGGAAGGAGGGUCAAGAAAGAAGCAACAGUUGACUUAUUUCCUAUGAGACUGGAGAUUACCGCAAACACUGCGCAUAAAAACGAGUUUAGCAUAUGAAUGGUUAAACCUUUUUCCUCGGACCUAAGCUUUCAGAGGUAAUGCGGUGAAUAGAAGUAUAAGACAAACAAUAAAAAUCUAGCUUAAAAAUUGAAUUCCACAGUUUUUGCCUCAGUAAUGGUUUGUAAACCGAAUUGUCACUUUAUUAGUGUGUAGUUUAGUUUACAAAAGAUGUUAACAUAUAUUAUGUAAUAUUAUGUCCAAUAUGGGAAUAAAUGCAAGUAGUUGAUCA